AUGUCAGAUCCAAGUUCAAUCAAUGGGGGUUCAGCUCUUGCAAUGGUUGGUAAAGAUUGUGUUGCCAUUGCUUGUGAUUUAAGAUUAGGAAGUCAAUCCUUGGGAUUAGCUAACAAUUUUGAAAAAAUAUUUAAGAUAAAUGAUAAAGUUAUGAUGGGUUUAACGGGUUUAGCAUCAGACGUAACUACAUUACAUGAAUUAUUCAGAUUCAAAAAUAAUUUAUAUGAAUUAAGAGAAGAAAGAAAGAUUGAACCAUCGACUUUUGCAAAUUUAGUAAGUUCUACAUUAUAUGAAAAGAGAUUUGGUCCUUGGUUUACUGGUCCUUUAGUUGCUGGGUUAGACAAACAUAACAAACCUUUUAUUUGUGGAUUCGAUUCAAUUGGUUGUAUUGAUUAUGCAAAAGAUUUCGUAGUUAGUGGUACAGCUUCUGAUCAAUUAUAUGGUAUGUGUGAAGGUUUAUAUCAACCAAAUUUAGAACCCGAAGAUUUAUUUGAAACUAUAAGUCAAAGUUUAUUGAAUGCUGUUGAUAGAGAUACUUUGUCAGGUUGGGGUGCUAUUGUUUAUAUUAUUACAAAGGAUAAAGUCAUCAAAAAAGUAUUAAGAACUCGUCAAGAUUAG